GGAAGAGAAAUGUUCUUCAGUCAUGGAGCUGCUCUCCUAAGCAUGAGGGGGAUCACGCUUUCCUCCCUCUGCUUACUGAUGCACCUGCUUCAGGAUGAGAUAACUACAAUUUUAGUUUUGGAAAACCAAGACCUGCAAGAUUCGAUUAAGCCGCAGAAGGUAGAGUUUCAUUCGAUAAACCUCAACAGCACUUUACAUUGGCAGCCUGGGAGGGACAGAGAGGCAAGAGGCACAGUCUACUUUGUGCAGUAUAAAAUGUAUGGGCAGAGCACGUGGCAAAAUAAAGAUGACUGCUGGGGGAUUCAAAGCCAUGUCUGUGACCUAACAAGUGAGACCUCUGACAUCCAAGAGCCUUACUACGGCAGAGUGAAAGCCGCAUCAGCCGGCAUCUAUUCCGACUGGAGCCUCAGUUGCAGAUUCACUCCCUGGCAAGAAACUAUGAUAGGACCUCCAACAGUAACUGUGGUUCACAGUGACAAAUCCGUAAUACUAAAGCUCCAGGCUCCACGUUCUCCUUAUAAAAGGAAGAAAGGCAGCAAGAUACCAAUGACAAAUUAUUAUGAUCUGCUAUAUCAAGUCUUCAUAAUUAACAACUUGCUAGAUGAGCAACACAGAGUCCUGGUGUACGAAGGAAAAGACAAGGUUAUUAAAAUAGAAGAUUUGAGGCCUGGAGUCAGCUACUGCGUCGUGGCUAAAACAUACGUGCCAUUGCUGGACCGCAGCAGUGCCUUCAGCAGCAGGCAGUGCACCGUGCUGCAGUGACAGGGCUGGCCCCUCUGCGACAGUUACAGGAAUAAUGGCAAAAGAUGCAUCCCAUCACAGAUCCAGCAGUAAAUCAACAUCUGUGGCCUAUGUCUGGAAUACAUACUUGUAUACUUUUUAAAUUAACUUUUGCUGAAUUCAAUGAUUUGAUUCAUCCUAAUCAUUUGAUGCUACACAAAGACUAAGAGUACUUUGUAUAUGUCCCAUAUUACAGUUUAAAAUGGUAAAUAUUUGCAUUUAGAAAGGAAAUAGUCAUGUACUGUAAUAAAAAAGAAGGCAAAAAGCCCUUGUGAGA